AUGAGUGAUAGCGAGGGUAGGACAUCUGAUUGGACGAGCAGCACCACAGACUAUGGUGAAGGCCCAUCAUCGUUAGGUACUCGCCUCGGAGAAGGUAGUGAGGGUACUGUAGUAAUUGAUUCCACUGGUAGUGGAGAGACCGAAAUUGGUGUGAGUGAUGGUUCUACCGGUGGCAAAUCGCCUUUGGGAAGCCAUACAUGGGAUAGAAAUAGAUGGAAUAUGAGCACGAUUCGUGGCCCAAAUGCACAGGUAUCAAAUUGUACAAUUUCUUAUUGA